AUGUCGCAAACUCUUCCGGGACGGUCUGCGUCUCCCGAUCUUACCCAGUCGUAUCAAUCCCUCUUCCAGAUCGGCAAUGAGUUCCCAAACCCCGUGGUACCCUAUUAUCCCUGGUGGGAAGAUGAAGCUACUACAGUUCUCUGGGCAUUCAAAGACCUCGAAAUCCGUCGAGUUAUUCGCUACGGGCUAUUUCGUGAUGAAAAUUUACCACGAAGUUCCCUCUUAUGCCGCAAUAUCAACGCAAUUGAUGCUAUUUUUACGGCGCUGACUGGACCGCGUGAACAUCAGCUGCUUGACUGUCUCUCCCAUAUGCAACGAGUGGAGGAAAUAUUGCGUCGAUCUGGACCUCCAUCAUUUCAGCCGGUCCCUUGGUCUUGGAUACCUCAAGCUCCAGUGGAUGCGCUCGACCCGCAGUCUAUCUCUCAGGCUAUUGAGGCCGAGAGCCAUUUCCAGCUCAGUAGGGUCGCUUUUGAAGACAUCGUGCGAGCCUCGCUGGGAUACACGGCGACUUCUGUCGAGUGGUUCCUCAUGCAACACACAGCCUUGUAUAUGCACCUAUUAGACUUUCUUCGGAUGUUUCCUAGUGGUAUUUCUACCUACUUGGAAGUAGAAAAGGUGCAGUUUGCUGGGACUGAUAGCAAAAUCCAUUUACUAAUAUGGCCUCAGCAUCUACGGGGAAAGAGCCCCUUCGCCCACCGAGCGAUAGCACAAUGUUUAUACGCAUUACAAGCCAAUUUUGCUCCAGAUCUGUCUGAGAAACCCAUGCGUAGUUUUGAAUUUGUUGCCGGCCCGAUCCAGCGCUUCUUUCAAGACCGACCGGCGAGUCUUACCGACAUGCUCAAGAUCUGCAAUCUGUUUGCUGUUAGGUUCCGCCGCCAGUACAUCAACACCUCAAAGGUGCCUUGGGACAGAAAGCUCGAUGUUUCGUAUGCCUUCUUUGAAGAUUGUCUCGGAUCAUCUUCGCCACCUGACUUGGCUCGCACCCUCACUGCUCUCGACAAGAGUAACUUCGCCCAUCUGACCCGAUCAAGUAUCAUCGCACAUGAUCGGAUUACAAAGGGUCUCUUAGCCAAAUGGGAAGAUCUAGCCAUGUCAGUAUGGGAAUGCUGUUCCGCAAUCCCAGAUUUGACCCCAUACCUUCGAGAAUGCGCACAGGGGAAUACGACCCUGCAGAACCUCUUACAGCGACGAAAUUACCACUCUUCAACGGCAAUACUGCAUGGUCUCCACAAACAUAGUAUAUCGACUACACAGCUCCGCGAUCUCAAGAGUACAGCUGGCGAAAUGGUCGUUCUAGUCCCUCUUGUUCCACCAGACAUGAUAUUUCUCUACGAUGCGACACAAAACUAUGCCGCAUACCUUCAAUACUACGGAGAUUACCCGGGAAUCCCAUUCUUACUCCCGCAUCUUCGCGAAGCACAGCAAAAAGGAGAACUGGCUCUUCAACCUGUCUUGAACUUUCUGCGGGCAUAA